UCUUACAUGGAGACUCCAUCGUGCUCCUCCCGAUGGCAGAUGACGCUUGAUUGGGAGGCGCGCGCGAUGAAUGGCCGUCGACCAUGCCACGGGGCGCUUCGGAACAGGUGUAUACAGCGGUACACGUCCGUGUCAGAGGUCACGUUCGACGCGCUCUCGUCCUGCACCAGAGCAAUGAGCACGCGGGCUGGAGCCAGGGAAGUGACGUGGUGCUGUGCGCGGACUACAGAGGGAUCAGGAAGGCGCCGAGGCCUCCUCGCAGGUAUUUUGCGAUUUUCCCAUCGUCGCAGAGGAAAUGGACUGCGCGAGCUCUGCGAGUUCAGGCACUUGACGAGCUCGUCGCGGAGGAGUCAGCAAGGAUCGUGGUGAAACUGAGACAGGAGAAUGCAAGUGUGGCGGCGCGUAAAAAUGCGACAAUGUCCAUGCCGUUAUUCCGAGGGAGAAAGCGUGUAGAUCGUCGAGAGCAUCAACCUUGUAGAUGGUGUAAAAUAUCGCGAAAUCUCACGCCGUCUCGACGUCGGGCGGAGGCAUACGAGCCGGCCAAUGCGGCGCACGUGACGUGUGUAUUGUCAACAUCUGCCAUCACAUCAGAAGACGCUUAUCCCCUUCCCUGCGGCCGGGCCCCCAACUGCGCGCUUGAUUUGGACCCUUGAGCCAGAACGAUCCCCAUACGCUCACCACCCCUGCUCAUAUUAAUACCCCCCGCCGCACCCCACCAGACCCUCUUCUUCACGUUCCGCUGCGACCCCCGACGCCGUCCCCUUGUCCCCCGCCCGCCAUGUCGUCCCUCGGAAGAGAACGCAGGUCCUGGACCGCGCAGGAGGAUCAGCUGCUCAGGGAGGCCGUCGAGCUUGA